CAUCUGCAGGGGCGAGAAUAUUUCCUUCUUUCUUAAUUUCUCAAGGGAUGACAAACCAAGCCUGCUGUUGUUGAUGACCCAAGUUAUAUUUUUAUGACUGCUGUAAAGUUAACGAUUAACUGAUAAAGUGGGAUUCAGUGGCUGCCAUUUAGGAAAUUAACGUCGGGAAACCGGAUUGUGGUCGUCCUAACUCGGGUUUCACUCACUCACGGGUGGCCGCAAUGGGAAUCUUUAUUUAAAACAAAACUUCGAGGAGUUUCGCUUUUGACUGACUUUCGGACUUCGCUCCCGAGAGGCAAAAGUUCAGCACUACGACCAGGAGAGACAAAACCACAAGCAGAAGUCGCAGCAGCCAGAACAGCGGCUUCUCUCUAAGAAACGCUGCGGGGCCGCCCGGGGGCGGUGGGCCGUCUGGGCGCUCCGGAGCCCGGCCGCCAGAAGGGGAGGCGCCGGGCCGCAGCUCGGUGCCCGCCGUCCCCCCGCCGCCCCUCUCGCCAUGCCCUCCUCACAGCGCGGCUCGGCGCGGAGGCGGCAGCGCUGCGUGCUGCUGGCCGGCAUCGCCAUCCUGCUGAUCGCCCUCGUUCUGGCCGCCGUGCUGGCCUCAGCCCUUACGGGGCGCAAAGAGGAGGCGAGCCCGGAGCCGCUGAGGUGGCAGGGCAGGGGGACGACCAGGAACCUGCGGGAGAUCGUCCUGGGGAGAUGCUACAGUUACCUCGCCGAGGGGCGCGUGGAGCUGGGAGAUAAGGAUUGCCUUAAAAUAUGGGAGUCGUUAAAAGCUGCAUUCAUUCACAAGAAUCCCUGUAAUGCUACAACAAAAGAUUAUCAGCCUUUAAUGGAGUUGGCAAGUCAUCCAGUACCCUGCAACAAGUCACUGUUUUGGAGCAGGACGUAUGACCUCGUUCAUCUUUAUUCAAAAUCCAAUCACCAUUUCCUUACUUUGGAGGACACGUUCCUGGGUUAUAUGCUUGAUGGGCUUUCAUGGUGUGGAGACCCCUCAGCUCCAGGAAUCAACUAUGAAUCUUGUCCAAAAUGGAGUGAAUGUGAAGGCAGUUCUGGCUCUGUAUUCUGGAAAAUGGCAUCCAAGAUGUUUGCAGAAGCAGCAUGCGGUGUGGUUCAUGUGAUGCUCAAUGGAUCAAUAGAAACAGGAGCUUUCAGAAGCAGCAGUGUUUUUGGAAGUGUUGAGAUCUUUAACUUAAAUCCAGAUAAAAUUUCUGAAAUACGUAUUUGGCUUAUGCAUGACAUCGGUGGACCCCAAAGUGAUUCCUGCUCAGGCUAUUCCAUAAAGAAGUUAAGAAACAUCUUAGAAGAACGAAACUUUAAGAUCACCUGCGAAGAUAAUUACAGGCCAGUCCAGCUCCUUCAGUGUGUACAUAAUCCUGGCCACCCAGACUGCAGUCUUUGCAUCAACAGCACGGAAGCUCCUUGAAAGAAAGUACUCCACACUAUAUAAGACUUGAUUUGUGUGCAAAACUGAAAAGGACGUGACUAUGUAGCUUGCAGUGAUAAAUAGCACCAUGGUUGUACAGAGCCAAUAACCAGGAAUCCUUGCUGUGAUACUAACAGCCAAGUCGCAGGAGGUGGUAUUUUAGCUGUGAUUCCUGUACACACACAGACAAACAAGCAUGCUGUUUCAGAAGGGCCAAAGGCGUGCUCAACAACUGAGGACAGAAGAUUUGUUCUGCUUUGUUCCCUCAUAUGUAGCCACACAGAGCAUCAGGGCAGGGGCUGCCUUGGGCAUGCACAAAGAAAGUUGCCAGUGGAGACACAGUUUGCUAUGAUCUGUAUGCUGCUUCAGAAGGGCUGGAAGGGAAUUUCCCUGAGCAGGGAUAUUGUCCAUUGGCACAUGUCAUAGAUGCCCAUGAUUUGUACAGGGUAGAGGAGUCAGUGAGGAAGACCUGGAGAUUUUCCCCUGUAGCUGUAUCUGAAGAUUGGAUGUUUUGUUUCCUGGGCAGUCCCCUUGAGUCAGGCAGAGCCAGGCAAGGCUCUGACCCUUUCUCCCAGGGACUGUGGCACCUCUGAGCAGGCAAAGCAAGUAAUGGAAAAAGUAGAGCAAUUCUUACCUUCUAGUGAGUAAGCUGGUUAGGAAAUGGCAGAUCUAAGCCAAGAAGAAACCAGAAAUUGCUCAGAGCAUUGCCAGCAUCUGUAAGAAUGCAUUUAGUGGGUAGCUGGAAGAGAAAAUAAUAAGACUGACUCAAGCAUUCCUGUUAAAAUCCUACUGGAAACAGUUGUGGCUCAGAUAUCUUUUUAUUCUUAAUAUAGCAAUAAGUGUAAGCCUUCCAGCUUUCACAAAGGGCCCUCAGGCCAGAGCUUGACCAUCCACUGGAAUCAAGACAAACAUCCAGAGGCUGCUGCAGUGGGAGCCUCUCCUGACCCCAGCUGUAGAGGUGAGGUGAUGAUCUGCUGUGUGUGACUCACAAGCAGCAGGCAGAACGUUGUAGUGCCAUGCAUUUUAGUGACCAUGCAAGCUGGUAUAACUUUGAGCAUCUCCAGAUAGACCUUUGCUCUGUAAUAUGGGGUCUUGUACUGGGUGCAGCUUGACCACACCCAAGACUUCACCCAUAAUGUUUACAUGAAUUACAUGUUUGUUUGUUUUUUAAUAUGUGCAGUCCAUAAUGUAAUAAUUAGCUACAUUGACUCAGAUGCAUAUUAGUGUUUUAAAAUAGGCUAUUUCUAAUUGUAAGUCAAGAAUCUCUUUUCAUGCUCACUUUUGUACUUUUUCUGGUGUAAUAAUAAAAUGUUGACUGUCCAAUCAAGGUUUCUAAUAAAAUUGAUGAUGUUGCUCAUUCAGUUUUACAUUCUAGUGAAAGUGGCCCCCCACACCUGUGGUUAUCUGAAAGCAGUCUGCCCCAUUUUGGGCAUGACCAAAGAACAAAAGAGGUCAAGCUUGUGGAAAAGUAUGAUGUGCUGCAAGGAGGGGUGUACAACAAAUAGCUUGGGAAUGUUUUGGUUUGAUCAAGUUGCAUUAAAGUGCUCAUAACACAAAUCUGCUAGAUGCAUUCUCAGAUGUUGAAAAUAUAGUCUUGUGACUAUAGGUUGUGUAACAGCAGCCAGAAACACACUGGAAAAAUAACUUGGAAAUUCACUUAAAAUAUGAAACUCCACAUAUAAUCACCCAGGAAAGCAGAGACAGGCCAUAGGGCAUAUCCUCCCCAGGCUGCACCCUUUCUCCCUCCUCCAUCGUGCACAGAGAAGUUAUUGUCUCCAUAGGUGGCAGAAAGUGAAACUUCCCAUCUUUAUCUCAAACAC